AUGGAAGGAUGUAACAAAAAUGUUAAAAAUACUUGGUCACGAGUGAUGGGCGUGAUGAAUAACGUGACUGUGGAGCCUCUUAUGCUACUUCACGGUCUUGCUUUCUCUAACAUGAUCGUAUAUAUAGAGAACUUACAGAUGGAUCGAGUGUGUCGAGUGAGCAGCGGUUUUUCCCAACAAGUGUGCGACAAUCUGAAGUCAGAACCAGCAGCCAGUGUAGAGGUACAGCAAAGGUACAGUGUGUUUGCUCUUUAUAACGGUAUCAUCGCAGCAGCAGUACCACUCUUCUUCAUUCUCUUCAUGGGCGCCUGGAGUGAUAAGUAUGGCAGGAAGGUGCCUCUGAUAGCAGUACAACUGGGUCACGCACUCCACGCUACCGGCUACUUGUUGGUCACUUUGGUACCUUCUUGGCCUGCCGAAGUGUUACUUGUCGUCACGUUACUAGACACACUAGGUGGCGGCUGCGUGUCAUUCUUGACGGCAGCGAACUCAUACAUUGGUGACGUGUCCUCGGAAAAGUCACGUACAUCAAGAGUAGGACUGGCCAACAGCAUCUGGUUCCUGGGUGGUCCGGUGGGCACACUGAUGGGUACUUUUAUCUACAGCUGGGGCGGGUACCUACCACUUUUCGCCGCCUCCCUCACGCUCUCCUUAAUGGCGCUGGUGUACGUGGUGGUGUGGAUUCCAGAGAGCCAUGGACCUUUCGCCAAGAGUUCCAGUGCCGAAUCCCCAAAUCACAAGUCACAAGCGGAACUGCGAGAGAGUGUAGCGGCAGCGAAAUGCCUGGAGGCCAAUGCGGCACCCUCCAACGCCCUUCAACACACCCGCCCAACUCUCUAUAUCAUGGUUAAGGACUUUUUUAACCCGAGCCGUAUCCUAGACAGCUUCAAGUCAACGCUGAGGAAACGCGAGGGAAAUAAAAGAGCUCUUAUUCUUAUUCUCAUCUUCACCAGCCUCCUCAGAAGAGUUACUCGAUCUCCCUAUGUGUUCGCCUUCACGCGUCACGUACUAGGUUGGCAAGCUACUGACUACAGCCUCUGGGUCACCUACAAGAACCUCUUGGCCACCACUGUGUCUGAUCUUGCUAGUGUGUCUGACUUUACUAAUGUGUCUGACCUAGUUAAUGUGUCUGACCUUGCUAAUCCAUCUGACCUUGCUAAUGUGUCUGACCCUGCCAAUGUAUCUGACCUUGCUAAUGUGUUUGAUCUUGUUGAUGUGUCUGACCUUGUUAAUGUGUCUGACCUUGAUAAUGUGUCUGACCUUGUUGUGUCUGACCUUGCUGAUGUGUCUGACCUUGCUAAUGUGUCUGACCUUGCUAAUGUGUCUAACCUUGCUAAUGUGUCUGAUCUUGUUAAUGUUUCUGACCUUGCUGAUGUGUCUGACCUUGCUAAUGUGUCUGACCCAGCUAAUGUGUCUGACCCAGCUAAUGUGUCUGACACUGCUAAUGUGUCUGACACUGCUAAUGUGUCUGACCUUGCUGAUGUGUCUGUACCUUGUUGUGUCUGUACCUUGCUGUGUCUGACCUUGCUAAUGUGUCUGAUGCUGAUGUAUCUGACCUUGUUGUGUCUGACCUUGCUGGUGUGUCUGACUGUGUUGAUGUGUCUGUACCUUGCUGAUGUGUCUGACCGUGUUGAUGUGUCUGACUCUGCUGAUGUGUCUGACCUUGAUGGUGUGUGUGACCUUGUUGAUGCAUCUGUACCUUGCUGA